CGCGAUCCGCCCCUCGCACCCUCCGCCUAGAACGAUGUUUCUCCUCAGCGCGCUCAAAUCCGCCGCGGUCAUCUGCGCCAACAGCUUCGUCGCGAAGGUAUACGUCACCGCGCGCUUCCGCUACCUCCUCGCGAACACGAUCAAGGGGAAUCUGUGGAAAAAAGCGUACCGCCUCCCGGACACGUCCGAGAUCAAGGAGCUUCAGGACGGCCACCUCAAGCAAGACCCGACGUGGAAGCGCGUGCGAGCGACGCAGCUCAACGAGGUAGAGUGGACGUCCAUCUGCCUGCCGCUGUGCCUGUACUUCGCCUCGAAGUCCAGCGGGGACGACCUCGCGUGCUCGAUCAUGGCGUGGACGCAAGUGGGGUACACGGUUGCUCGCGGGCUCCUCGGGUAUCCGUACCAGAUGCCGUUCGCGGUGCUUCGGUACGUCGGGCUCGGCCUCGGGGUCAAAAACCUGUGGGACAUGGCGUUCUGAUAGAGCGAGAGCGCAGGCAGGCGGGCAGGCAAGCGCGAAGUAUGAGCCGCGCCGAGCGCGGCGGCGACUACGAUUGAAAUGAAUUGAAUAAGAUAAAAAAAAUAAACAAC